AUGACUGGUUCUGAGAAGCUGCCAAUUUUCGUAAUUGGCAAAAGCACAUCCCCCCGCUGCUUUAAGGGGAAGAGGCAGCUCCCAGUCAAGUACACGGCCAAUCGCAAAGCCUGGAUGACCAGGGAGAUUUUUGCAAAAUGGCUUUGCGAAUGGGACGAGAAGCUGGCAAAGGCGAACCGCAAAGUGUGCCUUGUUCUAGAUAACUGCACCGCCCACCACACCGCUGCCGCGCUCAAAAACAUCGAGCUGCUGUUCCUACCUGCCAACUGCACAGCAAAAAUACAGCCGCUUGACCAAGGCGUGAUUAUGUCGCUGAAGGCAGGUUACCGCAAGCGCCUGAUCGACAGGCUCCUGCUCAACAUGAGGAUGAAGCGGGACACCGAUGUUGACUUGUACGCUGCACUCGAAAUGCUUCAAGCGGCGUGGAUGAAUGUGACGGCGACCACGAUCGCAAAUUGCUUUCGACAUGCCUCAUUUGCCGCCGCACCAGACGCCAGCGAUGAGCCAUUAUUAGACGAGCCCGCUACGCCAGAUGGUUUCGCCACAUCAGACGAAGUCGCAGCAUCGUGGACGGCACUUCGUGAUGCCGGUGUCGUGCCUGACAGCGAGUCGUUUUGCGACUAUGUGAGUGCGGACUCGGAAGUGGUGGCAACGGAACAGCUCCUGGAUGACGACAUUGUGCGCGCUGUCAACGAUCCGGAUGAGACCAGCGACGAUGAUUCUGCCGACGAACGUGCACGUUCCGACAGCGUGCCAAAAGCGUCCAACGUGCCGACAGCGUCGGAGGCAUUAGACGCGGUGGACGUACUGCGCCGCUACUACGGCGCUCACGAGGGCGGCGAAGAUGGCAUGAACAUUGCAGCCGCAGCUGAGCGAGCCAUCGUUCGCAUCAGGAAGAUGCAGCAACGUCCAAUUACGGACUUCUUUGCAGCUACGGCUGUUUGA